AAUUAGGGUUUUUGUUUCUCCUAAGGGUUUCAACGUUCAAGCAGCAACAGAGCUUAUCGCCGAGAAUCUCCAACCGGUGAAAAUGCCGUCACAUAAGACAUUUAUGAUUAAGAAGAAGCUGGCGAAGAAGCAGAGGCAAAACAGGCCCAUUCCUUACUGGAUUCGUAUGAGGACUGAUAACACUAUCAGGUACAAUGCUAAGCGCAGGCACUGGCGUAGAACCAAGCUAGGAUUUUAAGGUGGAAGAUUGGUGCUUUAUUUAGCAUUUUAAUGAAAAAACUUGUCGAAUUAUGUUUUUCCGUUCGGUAGGAGCUUAUGCUGCGAUGAAACAUGUUGUGUUUUAAUUUCAAUGAAGUUUAUAUAUUGAAUGACGGUUUAUGAGUUUAUUUCUGGUAAA